AUGUUUGAAAAUUUUUAUAAAUAUGGUAAUUUUCGGGCCUGGAUUGGUUACUAUCUAUAUCUCAUUAUAUCGGAACCGGAAGAUGUGGAGUACGUCUUAGCCAGCACCGAUUUAAUUGGCAAAUCCGAUGUCUACGACAUGAUGCACCCCUGGCUUGGUGAUGGCCUGCUGACGAGCAAAGGCAGCAAAUGGCAUAAACAUCGUAAAAUGAUCACUCCAUCAUUUCAUUUUAAAAUUUUACAAGAUUUCCAUGAGGUUAUGAAUACGAAUUCCAGUAAAUUUAUUGAAAAGCUGAGAGAGGUGUCUCAGGGUGAUAACAUAUUCGAUUUUCAGGGAAUGGUCAACUAUUUGACAUUGGAUGUUAUUUGUGAUACCGCCAUGGGUGUUAACAUCAAUGCCAUGGAUAAUCCCCAUACCGAAUUUGCCAAGGCUGUGGAAUUUAUUUGUUUGAACAUAAACAUGCGGGCUUUUAAUCCAUUGAAGCGGAAACAUGCCACCUAUCAGUUCUUCCCCGACUUCAAGGAGUACUGCAGGGCCCUGAAGGUUUUAAAGGAAUUUACAUAUGAUGUUAUCCAAAAACGCAUGGAUCUCCGUAAGCGAGAGGAAGAAGAAGCUGUCAAACGUAAAAUAAGCACUGACAAAUUUGAUGGGGAUUUCAAAAAACCCAAAAUGGCAUUCUUGGAUACUUUGCUUUCCUCCACGGUUGAUGGUCGUCCCCUGACCAUACAAGAGGUUUACGAAGAAGUCUCCACAUUUAUGUUCGAAGGACAUGAUACAACAACCUCGGCUUUGUCGUUUAUAACAUAUCUUCUCUCUCGGCAUCUAGGAGUACAAAGAAAAGUCUACGAGGAGCAGCGGGCAAUAAUGGGCGAAGAUAUGAAACGUAAUGCCACCUUCCAGGAGAUAAAUGAUAUGAAAUACUUAGAUAUGGUUAUCAAGGAGUCCCUGCGUCUAUAUCCCAGUGUACCCAUUGUGGGUAGACUUACCGAUAAGGAAUAUAAUAUGAAUGGCAAAAUCAUACCCCCUGAUACCUCAACCAUGGUCUUCAUUAUGGCCUUGGGUUAUAAUGAGAAAACCUUUCCCGAUCCCUAUCGUUUUGAUCCGGAACGUUUCUCCACCGCCAAGUAUAAUGAUGACAAACAUAAUCCCUUCGAUUAUGUGCCGUUCAGCGCCGGGCCACGUAAUUGCAUUGGUCAAAAAUUUGCUCUUCUAGAAAUAAAGACGGCCAUAUCAAAAAUCGUCCGACAUUUUGAAAUUUUACCAGCCCUGGAUGAGUUGGAAUCGAAGGAUGGUUAUGUGAGCAAUUAUCUUGGUCCGAAUAGGGAAAAACGGCCGCAGCUACAUAAAUAUGAACCACGAUUGGCAAUGGUCAUAACAUUGAAAUCGGAUAAUGGUAUUAUAUAUUCAAAAAACACAAACAUGUUUUUGUUGUUACUAUUAGUAUUAUUGCCAUUUUUGUGGAUUGUGUAUAAAGAACAAUUCUAUGCACGAAAACGCGAACAAAUUUCCCAUACUGGGGGUCCAAAGAUGUUGCCCUUAAUAGGAAAUGCACAUCAGUUGGGGAAAACACCGCACGAUAUUUUAAAUUUUUUAUUCGAUAAUUGUUACAAAAAUAAUUUUCAGAAUUUUCGUGUAUGGAUUGGUUAUUAUCUGAAUAUUUUCGUAACAGAACCGCAAGAUGUUGAGUUCAUUUUGUCCAGCACCAGCCUGAUUAAAAAAUCCGAUAUCUAUGAAAUGACCUAUGACUGGUUGGGCGAUGGCUUGCUAACCGGUACCGGCCAGAAAUGGCAUAAAAAUCGUAAAAUCAUAACACCGGCAUUUCAUUUUAAAAUUUUGCAAGAUUUCCAUGAUGUUAUGAAUAAAAAUUCCAAUUAAUUCGUGGAGAAGCUGCGAGAGGCCAGCAAAGGGGAUGCGAUAUUUGAUUUUCAAAAUAUGGUCAAUUAUUUUACAUUGGAUGUUAUUUGCGAUACUGCCAUGGGUGUCUCCAUAAAUGCCAUGGACAAUCCGCAUACGGAAUUUGCCAAGGCUUAAUGUGCCAACAUCAACAUGCGAGCCUUUCAUCCUCUGAAACGUAGCAAGCUGACAUAUCAGUUCUUUCCGGAAUACAAGGAUUACUGCAAAGCCAUAAAGACCUUAAAGGAUUUUACAUUUGAUGUCAUUGAGAAGCGUGUCAAGCUCCAUAAAGAACAAGAGUUCAACAAACUCAACGAAAAUACCGCCGAUGAAUUCAACAAACCCAAGAGAGCCUUUUUGGAUACCCUGCUCUCAGCCACGGUGGAUAAUAGACCCUUAACCACCCAAGAGCUAUACGAAGAGGUGUCCACAUUUAUUUUUGCGGGUCACGACACCACCUCAUCGGCCAUAUCUUUUGCCGUGUAUCUUCUGUCACGCCAUCUAGAGGUUCAAAGAAAAGUCUACGAAGAACAGCAGCGCAUAAUGGGAGAGAAUCUCAAACGCAAUGCCACAUUUCAAGAAAUUGCCGAUAUGAAAUAUUUAGAUAUGGUUCUGAGAGAGACGCUACGGUUAUAUCCCAGUGUGCCGGUUGUUGGUAGGCACACGGAAAAGGAGUAUAAUAUGAAUGGCAAGCUCAUACCCGAGGAUACUUCGCUAAAUAUUUUCAUUAUGUCUUUGGGUUAUAACGAGAAGACCUUCCCAGAUCCCUAUCGUUUUGAUCCCGAAAGAUUUGCCGCCGCUGUAGAGACUCACAAACCCUUUGAAUUGGUACCCUUUAGUGCAGGGCUACGUAAUUGUAUUGGACAAAAAUUUGCAUUGCUCGAAGUAAAGACAGCUGUUUCGAAAAUUGUUCGCAACUUUGAGAUCUUGCCACCCUUGGAUGAGUUAGCAUCCCAAGAUGGUUAUGUUAGUAAUUGGCUUGGUCCCCAGCGGGAACAGAGACCGAAAUUACACAAAUAUGAACCAAAACUAGAAAUGGUAUUAACUUUGAAAUCGGAAAAUGGUAUUUUGAUACGAUUGAGGGAAAGAAAUUAG